UAUGUGAAAUGGUUAGUAUAAAAGUAAAAGAAAAGUUGGCUAUAACAUUACAUUUCUUUUGACAAGGAAAAGUAACACAAUAUCACAAAAUGUCUCCCUUUGCCGUCCUCGUCCUGUGUGCCCAGGCUUGUUUGAUACAGGCGGUUUUCAGCCAACAGUUUGGUUGUAAUCAAAUCUCCUAUGGAUCCCCCGACCUCAUCGAGCUCGGUGGCAACGAGAAAAUAAGCCUAAGCGGACCCAUUAGCUACAGUGCACCUAGCGUCAGCCUGAGCGCUCCCGGCUACGCAUCCGCGUCGUACGGCGGCGCGGGCACCGGGCAGGUCGGCGUGUCCGGCGACAUCGGCGCGAGCGGCCAGACCGUCGUCGUCGGCUCCGUGCCCGUGCUCGGCUCCGUCGAGUUCAGCGGUAAAGUGCCGGCGUCCGGUUCCGUGUCUAUUUCCGGACAGUGCGGAUGCGGGUGCAAAGCUUCCAUAGUAGCCAGAGCUGGAACCGCUGCUGGAGCCACCGAUCUGCUGGGUGAUGGCGACGCAGUCCCCGCAUCCGUACGACACAGGCGCCGUACCGCUGGUGUCGAACUUGCCCUCGAACGCCACUGCGCUCAGGUACGGCAGCGCGCCGGACAGGUCCAGGUCGCCGGACAGGCCGAGACCGUUCUGAGCCAGCAGUUAUGUGGUUGUAACCAAUACUCAUACGGUUCGUCCGGACUGAGCUCACAGAGCUGCGGCUCGUACGGCGGCACCGGCACCGGCCAGGUGGGCGUGUCCGGCAACAUCGACGCGUGCGGCAACACAUGCGUCGUCGGCUCCGUGCCCGUGCUCGGCUCCGUCGACUUCGGCGGCUGCGUGCCCGCCUGCGGCUCCGUGUCCAUCCAGGGACAGUGCGGAUGCGGUUGCAAUUAAUUUGGUUGUUGAAUAAUAAGGAUAUGCAUUAAAAUACGUUUUAUUGAA